GUUCCCUAUGCCCCUCCAGGUGCCACCGGCUACUCCAAGCCCCCCGGCCUGUUGGGUCCUUACAGCCGCGCCUUCCCUGAGUACCCCUGGAACUUUAACCCAUAUCUCACGGGGCCCUUCCCCAAGUUGCCCCCCUCUCUCUACCCACCUCACUUCUACCCCAACCCUUUGGGCUCCCUGGGCCAUUUGCCCUCGGCAGGAGCAGGAGGAGGUCCCAUGGCCACACCCUUGCUUGCUACAACAGGGGAGGGCCUGGGCCCCGAGCGCUCCCCGGGGCUGGCAGUGGCCCCUCGCCUGGCACUGCCAGGGGCUGGAGGCGCAGAGGCCACGCUGAGUGUGAAGGAGGACAGCGACUCUGAGCUGGAGAUCACCGACAUCAGCGGCUGCAGCUCUGACAGCGAGGGUGAUGACAGUCUACCUGUGAGCCCCAAGACCAAGUCAGGCAAAGGGGGGAGCGGCAGCUGAGCGCCCGUGGGCUCCGUUCUGCUGGUGAUGAGGGCAGUCGCCCGCGAAGCUUCUUCUACUUGGUCUGCCCCUAACGCCAGCCCCAAGGCCCAGGACCUGCCCUUG